AAUUCACGUAAUCUGAUGGGAUGGUGGGUGUUGCGGGUGGGCGUGUGGGUGGUGGCAGCUUUCACGGUCUGUGGCAACAUCUUGGUUAUCUGCUGUCGAGCCAUCUCCAGGAAUGACAACAAGAUACUAAAGCUUUUCAUCAAGAACCUGGCAGGUAAGGGUGGGGAUAUAUAUCACUUUACCAUCCUCAUGAGACUGUAACAUACCAAUAAACAGUUUACCUGGUGUCCUUCGCCUUCCCUAGCUGCAGACCUGCUGAUGGGUGUGUAUCUGGUGGUGGUAGGCGUGGAGGAUGUCAGAACAAGAGGCAAGUUUCAUUCCUACGCCCUCCACUGGGCCUCAUCCUAUCUGUGUACCUUUGCUGGGAUCCUAGCACUCGUUUCCUCAGAGACAUCAGUGUUCAUCUUGACGUUCAUGUCCCUGGAGCGUUACCUUUACAUCAGUGAGGCGCUGGACGACCGAGCACUGUCAGAGAGAAGCGCCAAGAUGUGUUUGAUUGUCAUCUGGCUCACUUCCAUCAGUCUGGCUCUGUUUCCUACACUGUGGGUGAGCAGCUUCUAUGGCAGCAAUGCUAUGUGCUUCCCACUUCACAUCAACGAGCCCUACCUUGUGGGCUGGCAGUACUCGGCCUUCAUCUUUCUCGGCCUUAAUAUUGUAAGCAUGGUUGUGAUCUUCGGGUCGUACACUGGCCUCUUCUUCAACAUCCGGGUGACAAGGUUAUCAACGCCCUUGUCAAAUGACGAGAUGAACUUUGCUCUGCGCUUCUUCUUCAUCGUUGUCACCAAUUGCCUGUGUUGGUUGCCUAUCAUGUGCGUCAAGGUGGCCGCACUUGCACAAAUUGAUAUCCAUCAGGGAGUGUAUGCAUGGCUGGUGGUACUGGUACUCCCCAUCAACUCAGCUGUCAACCCUGGCCUCUACACUUUUUCAACCUCACAAUUCCAGUCACAAGUCAGCAGUGCCUUCACUGUCUUCCGUAGAGCUCACCAACGGCAGAACUCAGACACAGAGGGAUUUCGACAUUCCUCUACUCGGGUGUGGGGAAGCAACAUCCACAACGCCCAAAUCUCUACCCUCCACCAUUAUCACCAUCCACUUUCUGCCCAUCCUUUAUCACCAAUAUUGGCUCCUAUCAACACUAAUAGGAAAACCACUCAUAUUAAACAAGCUGCUGAGGUUCCAACUACCAUAUACCAAGCAUCUCACAAAGCCGGUGCACUUUCCUUUUCAUCUGUUGAAGGUGAGAGAGAAAAUAAGUUGCAUAAAUUCUCUAGCAGUAGCUUUGCAGGUCCUCAGGGAGUGAUGCAAGUAGCCUCAGAAGGGUCUCGACAGAGUGGAGGUAGAAGCCAGAAAUAUAACCAGAGUGUAUGUCCCCAGAGUCGAGUAACCUUCAGUGCCAAAGUGACUCAGGUCAGAUUAAACACAAAUUCCCAUGGUGAUGGUCAGAUGCCUUCCAGUGAUCAUACACAUUCCUCCCCAGUUAAGGGAGAGAUAGGUUCAAGUCCUACUCAUCUACACCUUGAGUCUUUUAGCCAAGGUCCAAGAGACAACCAGACCUUCACAGAUGCCCAAGGCUUCCAAGAUAUUUGCCUGGAAGCACACGUGUCCAGACAUGGCAACAUCCAUUGUCCUGCAGCAUCUACACUGACAACUUUUUCAUCAUCACCUUCAUUCCAGGGUAAUCCUCUGUAUGUUGACUGCAGUGCCUCUGCUACUUCAGACUUCAAGAACUCAAAUGUUUUGCAGUUGAAUCUCAAAGUCAGUUACACUCCAGAGCUAAUACAGAGUCCUAGCCAUAAGGGGUCAUCAGGAAUCAACAACAGUUCAAGUGUGAAAAUGUCUCCAGAAACGCCCAUACCAGUGGACAUGAACAAAACUUCUCUAGAUAUUCCACAGGUAAUAGUAGGAACAAGUUCUUCUUCCUUAAGACAACCUCCUGCUGCCCUUGAGCAAUCAAAGGAGGAGACAGGUGAUUGUAGUGAAUACUAAACCUCCAAAGCACAAGUACUUUCUCUGAAAACUUUUAUAGAAGCAAAAUGGGACAUUCAUCGAUCUGGAGCAUCGACUCUUUUUCUCCUUCCAGCAGACUCAUAAAUGUGAUAUCCUCUUCCCUCUUACACAUCUGGUAAGAGAAAAAAUAAGUUCUAUUCAACUCUCACUCAUCUACUUUCCGGUAUAUAUUUUUUAGCUGUUUUUUAAUUAAUUUUUUGUUACCUCCUCGUCAUUUACAUUUCAUGUUGUUAAUUUCUCACUACUUGAAUGACCUUCACCACAUGCCAUGAACACAUUUGUUUAUAAUUUUUUUUCAUUCUGAUUAGCCUUUUUUCUUUUUUUCUUUUUACAUUAUUCCCCUUAUUCUACACAAAAAUUGCUGGAUAUCAUCAUAACUAACGUGUGGGAAUAUCAGAUCCAAGACUCGAAGAUGGUAGCUAUUCGGACUCAGAUCAUGAGAAGGCAGAGGUAUUAAAUAAAUUGUUUUCUUCACUGUUCACAAAAGAGGAUGCAAACAAACCACCCAGCAUUUGAGGAAAAGUGGUUUGACACAGCACUAAUGCACAUUGAGUUCUCAAGAGUGUGUACUGUAUUAAAAACAAAUUGUCAAAACUAAAGGUUCACAAGAGCCCUGUUCUGCAGAUGUAUGGAUGAGCUAAAGGUACUUUGAGGAGAGGGAACAGUCUCUUAAUUUAGUGGGACAGCAGGAUUUUAACUCUGUUUUGGGAAUACAGAAGGAUAAUAAUGGCCUCAUUAAAUUUUACUGGGAAAUAUCCCAAGGCCAGGAAACCAUUUAUUGUGGUUCCCAGUCUCGUCAUAGCUUGGUUGUUUAUGUGGCUGGAUACCUCCUUGGUAAUUCUCAUGUAGAUAGGAGCUUAAUUUUUUAUGUUUGAGAUGGUUGCAAUGAUUUCCUUUGAGGUGAUUGGUAUAUUCAGUGGAUUGUCCUCACACAGAUUCUCCCACCUAAUUUCAGGGGGAGGUUCAGUGUGGUGUGUUUGGCCUCGUAGUCCAUGAAGGGCGAGCUCCUCAUGGGUACUGUUAAAUCCCAUUCUCUUCAUUUGUGAUUUGGAAAUUGUUACUCCAUAUAUUCCUGAAGAUGUGUUCUUUGUAUUUUAUUGCCUGCGUGGUCAGUUAUACAGUACAGUUUAUGGUGACUUGGAGAGGCUGGCACCUUUCAGUCUCUUGACCUGGCACCAUAACUCCCCUGGGACACUAUAUGAUUGUAAGAGUUGUUUUGGUCCAUUUGAGGAUACGGUACUUUGUUCCAGAGAUCUCGUUUGUAUUUCCUCUCAUAUUCUCCUGUGUGUGUGUGUGUGUUGUAUUUUUCAUUGUUUUAGCCAUGGGUUUUGGCUCUCUGUUGAACAGUUAGAAUUGGUUUGUGGGGUGAUGAGUUUUGGCAUUUGUCAUGGAUGUGGGAAUGUUCUGUAUUGCUUAUAAUGGGUGGCCUCUUGUUAGGCUGUUCUUAUGGUAUCACACUAGGUGUUAAUUUCUUCUUCUAUUGUGAUUACCGGCUGCUUGUCUGUGAUCUGUAGGAUUUUUAUGUACUUUGAUAACAUGUUUUGCUCUAAUUUUUUCAUUGAAUAGUUCCCAGUUUGUCUGUUUAGCAAUCCUCCUCAGUGGAGUUGGUAUCAUUAUUGGUUUUGUGGAGAUGGUCAUGAUUAUAGGUAGGAUGUUGGUGGAGGUCACUAGUUCUUGUUAAAAAAGGUAGUUGUGAAAGCACUUGCUGUUUGUUAUACAGUACCUAUGUCUUAGAUAAUGGCUGAUUUCCUGUUGUAGAACAUAAGGAAAUUUUGGACAAGUGGCUGAGCUUUUUUAUCAGCUAUGAGGCCACCGAGGCAUCUUCCAAAUUUGUUGGCUGUACUCUGACCAUCUAAUAGAGGAUGUCUUGACAUUCAGGUCCCCUAUGAUGUAGUCUGUUGAAGUCAGUGUAUGGUAGAUAGUCCCUGCAUGGUGGGAGGGAAGUUGUUGCUAUUAUGAUUGGUCCUGUUGUCAAGUUGAUUUAAAUGGCAAGUGUCUCAGAGGUGAAGUCACCUACAGUAUAAUUCUGUGGUAGAUACUGCACUGUUUUACUUUUCCUUUUAUCCUCUUCACCACUGAUCGGCUCGUUAGCCACUUGGGCGAUCGGUCACGUCUCUGUUACGCACU